GAGUGCACUAGGACUGGCACGCGGAAUCAUUGAGGCUGGAGGCGGGUUCCGGUCGGACUGUAAACAGUGAGACACUCAGCGCUGCUGUCCCGCUCGGCGAUGUGGCGGCUGCUGGGCUCCGUGCUGCCGCUGCUCCGGCUGUACCUGCUCGGUGUGAGAGUUCUGCUGGACCAGCUGCUCCGCAGGGCCUUCAGUCCCCCAGUUUUGCCCAGACAGAAUGGAAGGGUUGCCAUAGUGACGGGAGGAGCCAGAGGAAUAGGCUAUGAAACUUCUCGACACCUGGCGAGCCUGGGCACGCAUGUGGUCAUUGCUGGAAAUGAGGAGGAGGAGGGUCUCACUGCGGUGAAGAAAAUCCAGAAGGAGAGCGGACACAGGAAAGUGGAGUUCAUGUACCUGGACUUGGCCUCCUUGAAGUCCGUGCGACGGUUUGUGCAGAGAUUUAAAGCCAGGGGCCUGCCUCUGCACACUCUCGUCAAUAACGCCGGUGUUAUGCUGGUCCCGGAAAGGAAGACCGAGGACGGAUUUGAGUUGCACUUCGGACUGAAUUAUUUGGGUCACUUCUUGUUGACCAACUUGCUGCUUGAUGUGCUGAGAGAGUCUGGGCAGAAUGGGAGGUGCUCCCGCGUCAUCACGGUGUCCUCAGCUACUCAUUAUGGAGGAAGACUUGACCUAAACGACCUGCAGGGCAGGUUGUGUUACUGUUCCCAUGGUGCGUACUCUCAGAGUAAACUGGCCCUGGUGCUUUUCACCUACCACCUGCAGGACCGGCUAUGGGCUCAAGGUGAUCCAGUAACGGCUAACGCUGUGGACCCUGGCAUGGUGGACACGGACUUGUACCAGAACCUGUGUUUUCCAGCUCAGCUGGCUAAAAAACCUGUGGCCAAACUACUCUUCAGGACUCCGGCUGAAGGAGCGUCCACGGCCAUUUACGCAGCCACCGCCUCUGAGCUGGAAGGGCUCGGCGGCCUGUACCUGUACAACGGCCAGAAGAAGCUCUCCUCGGCAAGCUCCUAUGACAAGCAGCUGCAGAAAAAGCUGUGGACCAAGAGCUGUGCGAUGGUGGGUCUUCACAAAGCCUGAGGAACAUCAGAACACCUUUGAUGAGAUGAGCAUUUGGGUCAUGGUUAUGAUGACUGAGGUUCAUGUGCUGGAAGUUUUAAUUUUUGCACUUUGUCUCAUACCUGGUCUAUGAUGUGAUAGUGGAAGGAGUUCUGACUUCUUCUUCCUUUGUAGCAAUCAAGUGGAGACUGAUUGAUUGAUUCUUCGGAGGUAAAUAUUUCUCAAAAAGGACAGGACGUAUACCGUUUCCAAGCCUAGUGUCGUGAUUCUGCACUAUGAGAACUUUUAUGUCAUUAACGCAAAGAACCAGAAUCAAUGCAAUAACAAGUUCUACUGAUUUGCCAAGCCGUGGCUUUUAAACUAGUGUAUUAAAAAAAAAAAAAAAACAAUCAACUUGACCAGCGGAUCAUGGUUAUGUACUGCCUCAAAAAAAAGAUGUCCAAGAUGGACGACGCUCUGCCUCUCUGUUUUCAUUUCCUCCCGCUUCGGGGAGAAAAAAAAAAUCUCGUCUUGUGCCGUCUUCAGUGGAUUCCCCUGUUCCAGUGUGGUCCUUUUUCUCUCUGCUAAAUCAAACAUGCUCGAACACUUGAUGAUGGAAACCAGCCGCGCUCAAUUGAAAACCUCGCAGAUGCACAGCCGGAAGCCUACAGCGGGGGAAACGGUUAUUUCAUAAAAGCUUCUUUUUUUUUUUUUUUUUUUCCACCCUGAAAUUCUGUGUAGCGUCUCGGUAGCUUUUCCCAUCGCAGAUGCCUCCUCGCCCGGCCCGACCUACUAAUUCCUACUAGGAUUAUGUUUUUCUUUCGUUCUUAUUGUUUUGUCUAUCUUUAGUGACUGUGACGUGUUAUAAAAAUGUGAUUGUCAUGUCUGAGCAAUUUACUAACAGCUCUAGUGUUCUGUUUCUCUUUUUUUUUCCAUCAUUUAGUCGUCUCAUAUCACAGAACUGGGCGAGAAGAAACGGUUGAGUUUUAUAAAUCGUGAAUACGGUCUUGGGAGUGUUUGAAUCGUAGCGAUAAAACACUCAAACAUGUCCUGAGGAAUACUUUGAAUCCAGGUGUUCUUGAGAAUUGACUUGAAUUAUUUUGGAUAAAUGAACGAUGAAUGAAGCCAUGGAAAGAAAUGAAUAGAAAAGACGACUUCUAGUUUUCUAGCUCCUUUGUGUAAAAUACGAGUGACUGGGAUGUGUGAACGCCUCCAAGUGCUGCUUCGCUCUGCAGAAAAUUUCACUUGUAUCCGUGUCAUGUUCCAGUGUUCAGUGUACGUGUGUGUAUUUCCGUGUAAGUGACCAAUGAGUUGAUCAAACAUGUGCUCAGAACAUAUCCUAUACCAGUAUUUCACGUGAACUCCUCCAUUCAAACGUUCCCUUUCUGGUUUUAACCAAUCAAGAGCCGGGUUCUCUUUGAUCCUAGCGUAUUGUACGAUCCGUGCGUGCUAAUCAGUCGGCGCCAUUUGGCUUUCAUCCCAAUCGCAAGGGUAAUUACAGGCGUAAUUGCAGCCCUAGUGUGAUUACUUCCUUGCUCCAAUUAAACCAGUCGGUUUAAUUGGAUAGCGAUAAGAAGGUAAGGAAUAGAUCUGUAACAAUAUUUAGGAUUGAUCAGAAACGCAGCUCAGACGGAGAUAAUUGCACGCACGCUCUUGAUUAUGAAAGGCCACCACCGCUCACUGUGAACAGCAUCGUUAUUCUCAAUCGAUACGAGUGGAGCAUUCUGUCGAAUGACGUGGAAGCAUCCUCAUCGAUUAAAUGGGUGGAAAAAGGAAGAAAAUGCAAUUCCUUUGGUUGAAAUUUCCAAAAGAAACCUUGAAAUCGAUGUUACUUCAGCUGUCGUGUCUUUAUUUGAUGUGUGAUGUGGGUGGGUGGGGAAUUAAAAUUUAUUUUUGUGGAA